AUGUCGAGUCAGGAUGGAAUUCCUUGUUUGAGACUAGACACUCUGAGUGGAAAUUCAUCCUCGGGGAUACAGAAUCAUGCAAGCAUCGCAUCUACCAUCUCCACCAUUGAAACACCUCAGCGCAAGAUAUUCGGACAAGAGAACUUUGAUCCUGAGUUGUCGAGGCAGUUCUCUUCAGACAGAAACUCGUUCCUCGGAACAAACACCAAGAAACAUAGCUCCAUUCGACCCUCGUCCCUGGCACCACCAUCCGUGGACGAUGUCAGAAACAAGAACUUCUGGAACUGCUGGCCCGGGCAGGAGAACGAGGAUGCCAAUGCAGAUCCAAGAUCCUUGUCGAGGAGAGGAUACAGGAGCCCCUCCCCCUCGUUGCAUGGAGAUGUCUACAGAUCGAUACAGAAUGAGGUGUACUCAGUGAAAGCUCGUCACUCACUUUCGAUGCCGAACGUUGAGGAGAGGCUUCCUCCGACGAGUCAGAGUCAGCGCCUGAGCUUCAACAACAAGCAAUCUCCCACAAACUCGUUGGCAUCGGAGGCAGGGGGACCGAGGUCGUCCAUCAGCACUGUGUCAAGAUAUGACGUUGACAAGCGCGAUGACAUUGUGCUCGAGAUGAGCGAGAAGAUCGAGUCUCUUCAGAACGAGCUGAAGAUUAUGCGGAUGGAGCUGAAAAAUCAAGAGAAGAGGCAUGAAGACGAGAUCCUCGAUAUCCGAUCGCCGCCUGACACCAAGUUCCUGGCGAUCGAGAGCACGGGCCAUGACAUGACGCUGCCGGAGGGGUUGAAGAGCAAGAGCCCCAGCAAGGUUCAGGUUCUGUCGCCCAAGACGUUUGUGAGCGCAGACGUGAUCUUGAAUGACGGCAAGCAUCUGCUGCAGUUCAACACAGAGACUGAUCGUCAUCGCGCUACCCGCGAGUCUUCGCUGCUCCUGGCGCAGGGGAGGCCCUCAUCAGAGCAGCUCAAGGAGCCGCAAGAGCGAGGAGACCCUCAGCCGCGAUGGAGCAUCGGACUUGACAGCGCGCCUAGAGAGGGCAACAGCAAGGAGAAGAGGAUAUACAUGAGCCCUCGCCUCCUGGACAUGCAGACUCCUCAGGCACAACCAGACACUGCCAGUAAAUCUCCAGCCAUGAAGAAGCGGACGCAGAAGCUCGUCAUCAUCCAGCGGCAGCCCAUCCCCGGCCAGCAGCUCUCCCCUGAGGACCCGGUCGGCAUCGGCAUCUCCUUCGGCAUGACCGCCAAGGGCGACGUGUUCAUCACCGGCAUGGCACCCAAUGGCCCGGCAAAGUCGUCAGGACAGAUACGGCGAGGAGACCAGCUGAUUUCAGUCGACGGGACAGAAGUCAACGGAUGGGACGUCAAGAAUAUCGUCUCCCUCAUCAUCGGGCCCCAGGGAUCGUUUGUCAGACUUGAGCUGGCGAGUUUGCAUCAAGAUAACAACAAGAUAAGAUAAACCUGUGAAGAUCGUGAGGUUACACUUUCACGUGUCUUUCUAAUUUCAGUUUAUAAAGUGACAAAGCAUUG